ACGCAUCGAGAGUCGAGAGAGUCUCACUCACAAUUGCAUUCGUUCGUAGGUCGUCGCCGCCGCCGUCACCAUCGCCAUCGUCGUCGUCGUCGUAGUGGCGGCAGCCGCAGCAGCGCCCUGGCCGCGCCGCUCGCUCAGAGGGCUUGAAGAGCUCGCGGAGUUCGGUGCUACCCCAUACGACACAUCGACGACUGUGUUAGUUGUCCAACUGUGUGACUGUGCUGAAUCCAUCUGUGUCUCUGGGCUCGUUCUGCUGUAGGAGCUCUGACACAGAGAUCGGAUUGCUUCGACUACCACUACAUAUAUCAACACUACAACCGGCACUGCAGUAAGAAGUAGUAGUCAUCAGUGUCCUAGCGCCGUUCUGUGCAGUUCGCUCGGCAUGCGUUACAACUACUCGUCGUUAUUGCUGCAGUAGUAAUGACUGAUCGUGCGGCCAACCGCUAGGAAGUUGUACAGUCAGAGUGUACAGAGGAAAACGAAGUGGUGCUUGCGUGCGCUAUAUUACGUGCAACUAACAAUGGCGGCAGAGUGCGACGAUGACAAGUGAAGUACUUUGACAGAGACGAGUGAUGAGUGAAAGGUGCGCGUCAUCUGAAACAACAAAUAUACAGCUGUGUCUAUCUAUGCGUUUGUCCGUGCGCGUGUGUGUGUCGUAUAUGGGCCGGAGCAUAUAGAUAGAUAGUACACAGAUAUAUGGUGUGCACGACUGUACGCACAUACGGUGACGUCCAAUGUACAGACGCUGUUACAAGUGCCAAAGGCCACACACGACGAUGCCGCCUCCCGAAGUUACCUAUAAGUUCACCGUUUUCCUAGCAGUAGCGGUGGCGUGUCUCUCAUAGUACACAAACAACGGAUAGCUGUCGCAAGUUCGUGAACUGAGGACGAAAUUCGGAAUCGAAACACAAUCGUCCCAUGGCUGUGCGCUUGUGAUACACUGGGAAAUUCAAUGAUUCAUUAUAGUGUAGCACUGCACGUCAUCGAUUCAAUCACUGUAACCGUAACAAAGAAGAUAACUGAGUCACCGCCAACUAUAACUAGUGUCGUCAAAACAGCACCAGGCAAUAGAAAAGAAAAAAAACUCAACUGUGGAAGUUGCAGUUCACCACAAUUUUCGGACUACUGAGAAUUAUCAUGUCUGAACAACGAGCUUCAAAUUCCGUCUUCAUUUGUCCACGACGUCGUAUCCAUGGACUUGUGUGUGCGUCGUUUAUUCAAGUGUAAUCAUUGUAACAUUCAUCGUCUAGUCGUCCUGCCAAAAUAUAGCCCGAUCUACAGCUUCCUGUUAAUUCACAAUUUUUACUUGCCCUUUCGACCACGUACGUCUCAAUGUGACGUUGAACGUUGGGCGCCUGUGUGCUGCUAAAAAAACAGGCCAUUUCUGAGAGGGUUUCUUUUUCAAGUUCAACUUAAGCCAGGACACGUUUGUAUCUUUCCAGUAUACAUUAUCCUUGAAGUUACACUGUUCAUCCUUUCUCGCUAUUUCUAACUCUAAGACAAGUGCGGAAACGUGGAGGAGAACCGAGUCUCGCUGCAGUGACGGUGUGUAGGAUUAGCGGUAGCGGAACCCACUUGCCCGGGGACCACGUCGCUUGCUGGUCCAGGGCUAUUCGCGCCCCUUGAACCCACCCCACUUUCAGCCUCGUGUGCACUCUUCUUCUUAGUUACACAUACUCUCUAUACUCUCAUCGGCCAUCGGCACAUCGCGACAUUGCAUCUGACGGAUUCGAUCCCGUGGUCUGUCGAAAUAAGAAACAGAACGAAACAGUGAUCACAACAGCAUCUCGCAGGUGCUUACUGCUCACGUAUAGAUCUUACGUGAAGUUCGCGUAGCUAACAGUAGUUGAAAUCUAUUUCUCGAUUAGGGACGAAGUUCGCUUUAAAAUACACCGCCAUGUCGACCGAUGUUCAACUGCCCGAAAACCUGUCAGGCUACACCUCACAACGUCAGCGCCCACACUCGGCUAAUUCUGAUGGAUCUCGUUCGGGAUCUCCGAACUCGCCAUCGCCUAAGCCACCGACGCUGAAUGCAAAUAGUUUAGCGGCUUCGGCGCUCAUGUUGCAAAUGUACCCACAUUUCCAGGACCGUCGGCUACUCGAAGAGCACCAAUCGCCAGCUAAUUUCAACGCGGCCGCACUCUGCGACCAAUUCUGUAAUGUGAUCAAUGGGUUCCGAGGCGGUGUGCCCAGCGGGUUUCAGGACCCGCGUAAAUCGCCAGGCGUACCUUGCUCGAGGCCCUCCGUCGACGCCACGGAGUGCAGGCUUAUCGACUAUAGGGGGCAGCAGGUGGCCGCGUUUAACUAUCAGGGUGACUACCUGCUAUGUCUACCGCAGGCGUUUGAGCUAUUCCUCAAGCACCUUGUAGGCGGUCUACACACCGUUUAUGCCAAGCUCAAGCGAUUAGGCAUCAGUCCAAUUGUGUGCAACGUCGAGCAGGUGCGUGUCCUCCGCGGUCUGGGUGCAAUCCAGCCCGGGGUAAACCGCUGUAAAUUGCUCGCCUGCAAGGACUUCGACGUCCUCUACAAGGACUGCACCACGGCGAGACCGGGCCGACCUCCCGGCCGCGCGUCGCUGGUGGGGCUGAGCGGAGUUGGCGCGACGAGUCCCGCCAGUGGAGGUCAUGGAGGCCAUCAAAGCAGCGGCGGCCAUCCUGGUGCCAUGCAAGGCGGACAACCUGGUCCUUUCCCGCAGACUCUCAUGGGUGGACACAAGGGACCCCAAGGUCCAAUGAGCGUUAGUGGACCUUUCGGUCAGGCGACGCACGACGGUCUUGAUGGUAAUGGAACAGGACCUGGCGCGUUCGAGUUCCGUAGGGACAACCGAGGUGAUGACGAAAUCAACGGUGGAAGAAAUGGUCAAGGGGGGCUGCAGGGCGACCGAGGACAGAGUCCUUUAGAACAUCAUGGAGGUCCGCCAGGAGCAGCAACUGGACACAAUAGAAAUAGCAGCCAUUCGGAACAUGGUAGCAACCACCUAAAACAAGAAUCGAGAAGCGAUGAAGAGACGGUAGGCGGUACGGGAAGUGGCCUAAGCGGAAUAGGCACUGAUGCCGAGAGCAUGAACACGAUGCAGGCGAUGCUGUUCAAGGCGAUGUGGAGUCAGAGCGGCGGUCAGGGUGAUCCCAAAGGUCCGCCACCUUUCCCGCCCGCUCUCGUUGCCAACAUGGCUGCAGCGCAACUUCCCGGCCAACCACCAAUGAACCCGGCCAUGGCUGCCGCUAUGGCAUCUCAGAUGGAUCUCAUGUUAGGAUUGCAGCAUAAUCCGCAAAUUGCAGCAGCUGCCGCGGCCGCCUAUCAGCGUCAGCUAUUGCAAGCUGCAUCCCUAGCGCAUCAACAAAUUAAAAGUGGCCAGCAGACUAAGGAACACCAGGGCCUGAUGGGAGCACUACAAGCCGAGCCUAGAAACCGCUCCCGAUCCCCUGACAAUGGUUCGAAAAAAGAGUUCCGUUCACGUGAAAGCCAAUCACCGGCAGCAGGCGGCCAUCCGCGUAGUGAACAUCAUCAGUCGCGCAAGAGCUCGUUCGAGAGCUCGAAAAAGAUGCACAACAAUAACAGCAUCAGUAGCAGCCUGAACUCCUCGGCCGGAGCUCCUAGUGCUCCAGGUUCCGGUGGGCUCGAAGGUGCUACUAAUAAUGCUCUGAACCUUUCUUCUGGUGGUAAGGAACUAUCUGGCAGCGAUCGCAAGAAGCGUUCGCGUUCUGUUAGCAGCGAUGAAGGUAGCCUUUCCGAUGGACCGCUCAGUGAACUCAGCGCUAACAAUCUUGACCAUAAUGAUGACACCUCAAAUUACGGAGAUGAUGAUGACCUUGACAAAACUGGUGGUCGAUCACCGAAACGGGCUUCGGAUCGCGACGAAGCUCUAUCGACGUCGAGUCGAGGAUCAGAUCGUCGUCGGAGUCACGGAGGGGGUAAUGGUGGGCUGGGUGCUCUCGGUGUGCUCGGCCUAGAACGGUUGACCCGAGGCGAGGCUAGGGACAGCAGAGACAGUAAUCAUAGUGUCCCCACGCCAAUCGCACUUAUGCAGCAGCACCUGUCGGUCGAUCGUACGCCGCCGCCCAGUUCGCCCACAUCUGCUACUCACCUGACCGCUAACAACAGCAGCACGCCAGGCUCGCGUGGCACCGCUGGCCAUCACCAUCAUCAUCAUCACCAUCACCUUGGCAAUAGCGUAUCGAGCAACACCGGCGACCCAUCGACCGGGUCGUUCGAUGCACUGAUGCAGAACAUUCUUGGCCUACUUAAAGUUGCAGAGGAGAACGCACGCGCACAGGUCCAGCAAAUGCACCUCGAGAAAGCAGAACUUAAAGUGGAAAUCCUGCGCGAGCGGGGCAUUCGCGAACAGCUUGAAAAGCAGCUCCAGGAGGAGCAGCAUCGUCGGCUAUUCUAUCAGAAGAAGCUCCGUCGAGAGAAGCGGUGCCGCCGCCAAAUGCAGGAACAACUAGAUAGCAAUAACAAGCGACCACGACUCAGCGGAUGUUCGGACGCUGACGAGGAAAAAGAAGAAGCCAAGGACGACGUUCCGGAGGGGCUAGAAAUCGCCAAAAGGUCAUCGCAAGAAAUCAACAGCCUCGCUGGAUCUGGUGGAGAAGAAUCAACCACAGCACAAGCAGCACCCACUACAACAAACUCAAUAUCCAAUGGAUCGCUGCCGAGUGAUGCAGUAAUAGCUCUCGAAACGUCUGCACCAGCCGCCGACGCAUUAACGCGAUAGAUCUUCGGUUCAGUAAUUAAUUCGUUUGCCGCUUAAAAAGCGUGUGAAUCCUGCCGACGUGCUGAAGUCCGUGGCCAUAACUACCAACCACGUGACCAGGCUCAAUCGUUACAUUUGUAAUAUAGUAACUACGAAGGAACUUCGCAACGAUUUCCUCUAUUCGAGGACAAAACGUCGGUUUACAAAGUAAAUGCAGUUGAGAAGAGACACUGCUUUGCGUUGUAAAAUUAACACAACAUUGAUGAUUAAAUGAUGACAAAAAAAAAAAAGGAUCAGAAAAGCAUACGGAAAACGAAUCCUGGUCUCAACAAUACAAAUACGAGAUGACUGACUUCAACUCUAGUUGUCGUCGUCGUCGUCGUGUUUGUUGUUGUUGUUGUUGUUGUUGGCCCAAGAUGACACCACAGCGGAAACACAUCCACCCCGAAUGAUCUAAUAAAUAUGUCGGCCAAUCCUUGUCGUCUCUUCUGUGUCAGAGUCAAACAAAAGAGCCGAUAGGUUUAACCUUUGUCGAUGGGAUUGUAACAAAAUCUAGAGGCAAAUCUGCCCGUGACAGAGUCGAAGUCUUUUUUGUUGACCGACUGGACCAAUAAUGGAGCUGAACGACAGCGCGGAUUCCACCGAUGACCUCCUCGUGAUCCCAUCCCCACGCAGAGCUUUCGCAUCUAGGCACAUAUCUGUGAAUAUAGCAAACGGAAGACGGACAUUUUAGCAUGGCAGAGAAACACACUUAUAGAACUCAUAUUAUUCUAUAUAUAUAUAUAUAUAUAUAUACAUAUAUAUAUAUACACACACACACACACACACACACACAAUAUUGAUUAACUUCGAAAGCGGCGACAAUAAUAAACCGUAAAAAAAAGUAGAUCCAGGCGUAGUGAUAACAAAAUGCAUAGUAAAAACAAUAAAUAACGGUAAGAAUACAAUUGUACAGGCGCAUGUGUAUGUGCGUACCAUAAAGACCACGUCCACUAUAAUGGGCUUGGAUGGCCACGGUCAGGUUCAAAGGCAAGACAUGACAACGGCUACGGCCUUCUAGCGGGGACGAAGUGGAGUUUGGUAUUUAAAAACGAAUUCUUUUGAAACCUUGUAGUCCCUUUGUUCGCCCCAAAUGGAAAAAGAAAAACCGUAUGUGCUCCUUGCGCUCAUACACAAGUUGAGCAGCAGCAGCAGCAGCCGCGCAAAAGUCACAACAGGUGAGAAAUACGCAAAUGAUGAAACCGGUCCGAUACCGCCAUCAGUGAUUGUUGUCACCAAUGUUAACACGCGACCAGCCACAUCAGAAGCUACGAGAAAUAAACCGUAAAGCUUGACUAAUAUUUUUCUCUAUUUCAAUUUUGCUAUCAAGGCAUGGUGGCACUUUCGAGUGUGUAUCAAAUGAAUCGACGGAAAGAAAAAGCUAUCAACAGUGAUCUUUGACGCUUGCGCCGUAACUGGACGUAAUGGAAAUGAAUUCAAUAAUGUGCGUGUCUCGUUAGUAUGUAAUAGUUGCCUACUAUUAUGUCUUACUGCACCAUUGGUGGAGUGGGCAAUAUGUCUGAAGAGCUGUCAGCUCGGUCUUGAAGGUCUGUAAUAAGAUGAUUGCUUUAGCAAAGAACCGUCGGCCGUACUAAUAGUUAUGAACAAUAAUACUAUUACCACUGCUACAACUAUUAGCUGCUAUAAGAAUAGAAAAAAAUAUCGUACGUGCGGCCUCUAGCCAGCAACGUGGUGCUGAACCACAACCGCACCCGGCCAUUAGACUAAGAGAGAAAAGCGAAGGGGGUCAGACACGCAUCGUUUACAAUAGCAACAACAACCACCACAUUCUGUACAUAUAUAUUAUGAUACGAUGAAGAAAUAACGCUGUCGUAAGAGAAAUGGGCCAAACAGGACAAGUCGGACUUGUCAAUAUGUGAGUGGCGCUUCAAACGUUUUAACAAUAGGACUUGAGCAAGCAGCUAUUUCAGAUGUGUACUGAUAAAUUUCGACGUCUAGCCUCUGACGUCCGUCAGUUUCGCGCGCAUCCCGCGAACAAAAACUGUAUACUCCAAAACGGAAGCAGCACAGUGGCCAAUUAUAUUCCAUACGGCGAUAUGACAGGCCAAUAUGAUCAGUCGGAUGUAAGUUAACAUGAUAACCAAUAAAACGGGAUAGCCAGGGGAAACGAUGGGUAACACUGCGUCAUGACAAAAAACGAAAUUCGCAUGACAGUUCUUGUCACCUCGGGGGCAACAACAACAACAAACGAGUGAAAAGAAAACCAUCACCAACGAGCUCGAUCGUCUCCGUUCUUCAUUGUACUGGUACCAUGAACUACUACAGUUCGAUAUAUAUAUAUAUAUACCUGGAUUGAAUAACAGAAGAUUACCAUGGCGUUGCAUGAUUAUCAUUAUUACCAUGAAUUAUUAUUGCUAUUACUGUAAUAGUUAUCAUUACUGAUCAAGCCAUAAUGAUGAUAAUGGUAAUUAUGCUACCGCAAUUGAAAGACCAGACUAUUAUGGUGAUGAUGGUAACAAAUUGCUGAUGAUGAAUGUGUUUUGCUUGCUUUUCUUUUAAACAAAAUACAAAAUAACUCAAAUUGUGUGUAGUUAAGAGUAAAUGAAAGUAAGAGAGACACCGAGAGCGAGAGCGAGCGAGAGAGAGAGAGAGAGAGAGAGAGAGAGAGAUGGAAGAAAAAGGUGUACAAGAGAUAGAACGAGAGGAAGAGCGAAAUGUCAGAUGAUAAAUAUGAGAACGGAGUUGUAGUGUAAACACUCGGGCAGAACAGUAGGUCGAUCUUCAAUCUGAAAAUAGGUUGAACGGUCUGUCUGGAAUCUCGAAAUGCCCGGGGGAAAGGGUAGUCUUAGUCCGGUGAGAUAUACGAGCAUGUAUCUGUCGAAAUAAAUAAUAAUUAUAAUAUUAAUAAAUGAUAAUAAAUAAUAAUAAUG